UUUUGAUUAAUUUUAUUUCUUGUUUAAUUUCCCCCCUCUACAUACAUAGGUAUAUCUAAGGUUGGAUGUUUUUGUUUUAUCUCUUUAGGAAGAAUACUGUACUGCAAUCCUAGGAAUGAAUACGGGUAAAUACUACCUGAUGAGAUAUCUAGUCAAUGGUGGGUGGUUAGCUGCGUGUACACUUUCAAGGAUGGAAGUCCCUAGUACCAGUAUGUGCGUUUAUAAUUAUACAUACAUAGUCUGUACCAUACAUACAAUCAACAAUUUGCACCUUUA